GUGCUAGCUUACUUAAGAAACCUCUAUCACUAGUCUGACGACAGGAAAUUAUGGUGCUUAUUUAACAUGCAAUAAUAUAAUAAUAAAUAGAAAUAUAUAAUCUCAUAAAGCAUGUUUUAGAGAGCUAUAAAAUUGUAGCAAUUAUGUUGACUUUUACCUGGAAUGGCAUGGUUACACUUACCACACCACAGAAACCUGAUAAUACUAGAAUACAUAGCUCUAUUAACUGCCCUUUUUUAACAGCUGUGCCUUGGUAGAGUUGCCCAAUUUGCAGUUGAAAAUUUUACAGGAAAUUAAAAAAGCCUGGAAAUUCACUUUGUGCUUUCCCACUGCAUGUUGUUCACUCUGUAUGCACCUAUCUGUACCUCUUCAUUUUUUCAUACAUCUUAUUCUGAAAAUUUCCCUAAUGGUUACUGAUAUUUGAGAUUAAUGAAAGUUGAAUGUUUCUUUGAGUGAUCUUCUAAGUGGGUUGAAAAACAAUCAGUGAUUCAGUGUAUAAUCUGUAGCUUUAUAUCACAGUUUAAUGAAAUAGGUGGAACUUUUUUAUUUUGCAAAAAUACACGGGAAACUUAGAAACUAGGUCUUAAAAAUCUGAGUAAAUCUGGGACUAGAAAGUCUUCUCACAACCAAGUAAUAUGAAGAAUAAACUCACGAGCUGAUGUUGAUCUGGUGACAGGCAAUGAAAACAGUAACAGCAAUUCCUAGAGAAGGCUCCAGGCUGCCGGCUUGUGGUGAAUAUAGCAACGCUGGUGUAGGAAUGGUCUAAAGAUACAGAUUCUCCAUAAAGCAUGCAGUCUGAAGUGUACACAUGUGAAAGUACAUGGUCAUUUGGCAAGAGAAAUACUAGUAAAGUUUGUGCAAGGUAUCUUGACAGAAAGAAACAAAAAUGGUUUUUAUUUAACUUCAGAAGAGUAAUUUUUUUUCUGUGUUUUUUCCCAUUUACACCUUUAUAAACUUGUUUAUUCACAAUAUCUGAAACGGAUAAGAUCUUUAUUUGCACGUUUAACUGAAACUGGUAUGAAUUAGAAGUGAUAUGACAUUAAAUGAAUAUAACAAAGUGACUUCUCACUCCAGUCUCUGGAGCAAACUUCCAGUACAUGGGUCACAGAAUCAUAGAAUAGUUAGCACUGGAAAGGAACCUUAAGAUCAUCCAGUUCCAGUCCCAUGCCAUGGGCAGGGAUACCUCACCCUACAGCCUGUUAUGUUUUGUAGAUUAUUGUAAAGCUAAGAGAGCAUGCUCCUAAAGAAACUGAGUUCUCUGAAGAAUAGGUGUUACAGGCUCAGAGAAGAAGGAAAUGUCACUGCAAUAACCGUAAGUAUCCAACUUUCUGUCAUUCUCAGUAUUGGUGUGUGCACUAAACUCGGAAGGCUCCCAGGGAGGGUAUAACGAGAGCUUAAAACCAGUUGGAAACUAGAUUAAAUUCUUGUAUCCCUUCCUAGUGUGACAGAACUUAAAAUGUGCCUUAAAUAUACCUAUUUCUCUGUCAAUAUUAUGUGAUUAUUGUAGAUGUUUAGCUGAUGCAGACACAGCUUUGUGUUCUGAGGUCCCAGAGUCUCUUCAGCCACUGAGUCACAUUUUAAUCUGAUUUUUUUGCUUCCUUCCAUCCAUUUCUUUCUUGAUAGUAAAGGUAACACAGAUAUUGCAUUAAUAAAUCAAUGUAGUUCUGUCUUUCUGAAUUUAUAUACCUUUGGAAACAUUAAAUGUUACAAUGGCAUAUUGAUACUACCAGUACUAACCAUUUUGCUGCUCUUUAUCUUCAGACCUGCUCUGAUAAGCUUAUUUUCCUUACUGAAUCACUCAAACCUUUGGCUUCACCUCUAGCGACUUCAGCAUCAGUGGUGCAUUUUCUAUAUGAAAUCAUGAAGACAAAAACUAUAUCAAGAAGUAAUAGUUCUUAAGCACAAAGAGUUGCUGCCUUUUAUAUAAGCUGAGGUAAUAUAGUUAAAAUGAUCUCUUUUCCUCCUUGUAUAGACUCCAGCCUUUUCCAGGACCCUAUCUAGACACAGCCAACUUAAUGAUCAAAACCUUAAAAUAGAGAUCAGAAGUACUAAAUUUGGAUGUUGAAUUCAGUAUCAGAGUGGUAUGAUUUCUAAGAACACUUAACAAAGGCGAGUGGUUACAUAUUUAGCAUACAUACCCUAUGAACUUCAGCAGGCACUUGGCUCUGCUUAUCAGAUCCAAGGUGUCAAGUUGGGUGCUCGAAUAAAGAACGAGCAAUUACACAGUAGUUAUGAGCAACUUUAAGCAGCAUUCACUGCCAAAACAGUGAUGCCUUUGUACUUUUACAUAAUUAUUUCAUUUGUUACAAACACAAUUGUGUCUAAUCUCUUUAUAGUCCUGGAUUUAUAGCCCAUCAGAGGUGUACAUUGUUGGUUUUUGACUUGGAAUUGAGCAUAUGAUAGCAUGUUCACAGGACUUACUCACCCUUCAUGUGGAGCAAGUAUGGUGCCGGAAUACGUCUUUCAGGAAUGCUCAGUUUGAAGUUCCUAUUCUAGCAUUUUUUGAGCCUGUUGAGAUUCUAUCUGCAUUGUGAAGCCAGAUUAUAUAUCGGAACUGAUCUACUUAUGUGUGAGCUUGGAAGAUCUCUUUUUUUUUUUUUUUUAGCCAGCAUCAGGCACUGACUGAGGUGGUAGACAUGUCUGAGACAAAGCAAAGAAAACAUGUAGAGCUCAUUACUGUUUGUUAAAUGAUACAUAUGAGUUGGGUCUCUGAACAGAGGAAGCUACAAGCUGUGUCCAGUUCUCUUGUUUCGGGUUUUUUUGUGGAUGUCGUGUAUUGUGUCUUGCUUCUGACUUACUUUUUCACUCUGUUCUUCCCCCCCUGAUUUUGAUGUCACCUUGCUAUGUAGUCUUUCCCCAUGUAAAUGAGGUUUUAGUUCUGAAUGGGCCCAUCUAUUUUGGGAUUUCUUUUGCAGUAAAUGACUAGGGAUUCUAACAGCAAAGCUUCCUCUGUUGCAUACCGCCUUAAUCAUCUGCAGACCAGGUUUGUCCUCUAGAAUGAAUGAGGAUGAGGUAGUAAAGUAAUUAAGACUGGAUUUGUGUCUCAUUGCUGAUUGAAUUUUAACUUAAUUAUACUAAGGCUGAAGUAUUAACUCACGGUAAACACUGGAGAUCAUUUCUUGGAGAUACAUACUUUUGAGUGACCUAACUAGGAAAACAACUUCACUCUCAGUUUAUACUUCAUCAUAUUACACUUGCAAGUUUUGAUAUUGACAGCAAGGAAUUGAGAAUAGAGAAAUCUCUCAAAGAGAUUUAGUAAGUAAAAUAAGGCUUAUCUAUUGUUCAACUUCAUGAAGGUGGUAACUUUUCUUGGACUGGAUGAAGGCUGUGUAGGGGAUCUUUUCCAGUGAAGAGGAAAGGAUCAGGGAAUAGAAAAGGAUUAUCUGAAAGAGUAAUAAUGCAUUUGCAGUAAUGUUGUUUUCAUGGGUUAUGCUGGCUUAAGAAGUUACCUGUGUUUGUACUAAAUGAGUCCAUACCUGAUGAGGAUAACCAAAGGGAGAAACUGGAAGUACAAAUACUGAAAUGGAUGUUUGAUUUGGGAAAUAUAUUGUGAUAUCUGUAUAGAGAGCACUUUGGUUUCCGCUCGCUGUGGCUGCCUUUGGCAAAAAUUUUCAAUUCACAUGGCUGCUUUUAUUUGUUGCAUAAACUUUUUAUAAAUUCAGUCUUUAUCUGCUGCUAAGGUUUUGUCAGUGUGUCUUGCAUAAAAAGAAGUCAAAAUCCAAUGUAAAUUGUUUAGACGCAGUGUUUUGUAAUUCUUUGGUAGGCAAGUAUGAUAUUUUUAGAGCUUUUCACAUAACAAUUACUGUUCUGCUUCUUGAUUCCUACCCAUUACCCCUGACAUUUUGUCUUUGCCCAUAACUUGUCUCAGUUAGUUAUGCUGUGUAAAUUGACAGACAUUCCAGUUCUGAACGUGCAGCUUCUUCUGUCAGCUAAACUAAUGAUGGUGAAUAACUAGGGAUGCUGAAAGGGCACUCUCAAACCCUGGAUUUAUUUUCCUGAUGCCUCCCUGGUGCUGGCAGUCGUUUCCAUCUGAUUGUACAGGGAGGCAGUUCUGGGAGCUAAACAGAAGCUUGGUGACUUGUUAAUGAAGGGUUAUGCUGAUGGCAGAUACCAUUUGGCAGGAAUAGCCUCCCAUAAAGACCUUUGCAGGUGGAGUUACUACGCAGAACACAAUAAAGGUGCCAAACUGUAAACACUAGGAAUUGAAUCAUUAAUGCCAAAGAGGCAAUGACAGGAGAAAAGGGGAAUACUGUUCCCUUGUUUAUGGCUUUCUGCUCUUCUGUAAACAGCAACGUUAUUACACAUAAGAGUGCAAAUAACUCUGCUCCAAGGGUUUGUGUGUGAUAAAAUAAUCUCCAGUAGAUAGCAGUUUUGCUAUUUGGAAGAUCUGCAGGUGAGUACAUGGGCAAGUUUUGUGCUUUUGUUGCAGCAUUUUGUAAUUUGGGCAUUGUUGUAUUGAACUGUAGUUUACAUAUGCUUUCAUGUAUAUCCUAAUACUGAAGGUUUUCAUUGUUUAUUUAUUUUCUUAAAUCUUUGCAGUGUCCAUAGGGGUGAGCUCAAGCCUUGCAUUCUGUUCUGCAACAUUUAGGAGCAUAUCUGGUUGAGAGCAUCUUGUAACUGCAAAAUCCCAAAGGUACAUGAUGCUAAAAGGAUUCAAGCUAGAUAGUGGAAGGGGUUGCAGCAUCUUUUCCACAGUGCAUGCUGUCCUGGCUUCUGUGAGGUUUGGGAACAGCCCUUCCUUUGAGAACAACCAGCCUUGCAGAGUCAUGCCUGUGAGUACUUCACCAGUGCCAUAUAUCACAAUUGAUGAGGUAAACAUUACCAAAUGAGGAGAAAAGGAAGAUGUCAUCGGGUAUCAGCUGCAAGGCAUUCUUCUUCCCCAUGCAGUAUUAAGCACUCCCCCACGCGAGAAACCUUGACAUACGCUCAAGCUCAAAGAAUGGUUGAAAUAGAAAUUGAAGGUCGCCUGCAUAGGAUCAGUAUCUUUGAUCCUUUAGAGAUUAUAUUAGAAGAUGAUCUUACAGCCCAGGAGAUGAGUGAAUGCAACAGCAAUAAAGAAAAUAGUGAAAGACCACCAGUAUGUCUAAGAAGCAAACGGCAUAAAAAUAACAAAGUGAAAAAGAAAAAUGAAGCUCUCCCGAGCUCACACGGUAUACCUGCUACAGCAACUCCUCUUCCAGAACCAAAAGUACGGAUUGUUGAGUACAGUCCCCCUUCAGCUCCACGGAGACCUCCAGUUUAUUACAAAUUCAUUGAGAAGUCAGCAGAAGAACUUGAUAAUGAAGUUGAGUAUGACAUGGAUGAAGAAGAUUAUGCAUGGUUAGAAAUAAUAAAUGAGAAGCGGAAAAGCGAUGGAGUGUCAGUUGUUUCACAAAAUAUGUUUGAAUUCCUUAUGGAUAGGUUUGAAAAAGAGUCUUAUUGUGAGAACCAAAAACAGGGUGAUCAUCAGUCUUUAAUUGAUGAAGAUGCGGUGUGUUGUAUAUGCAUGGAUGGUGAAUGUCAGAACAGCAAUGUAAUCCUGUUUUGUGAUAUGUGUAAUUUAGCAGUACAUCAGGAAUGCUAUGGGGUGCCAUAUAUACCUGAGGGCCAGUGGCUCUGCAGACACUGUCUGCAGUCCCGUUCUCGGCCUGUAGACUGUGUGCUGUGCCCAAACAAGGGAGGUGCCUUUAAAAAGACAGAUGAUGAUCGUUGGGGACACGUGGUGUGUGCUUUGUGGAUUCCAGAGGUUGGAUUUGCCAAUACAGUUUUUAUUGAACCAAUUGAUGGUGUCAGGAACAUUCCCCCAGCCAGAUGGAAGUUAACAUGCUACCUCUGUAAACAGAAAGGUGUUGGUGCCUGCAUCCAGUGCCACAAAGCAAACUGCUAUACUGCAUUCCAUGUGACGUGUGCUCAAAAGGCCGGUCUAUAUAUGAAAAUGGAACCUGUGAAAGAACUAACUGGCAGUGGGACAACAUUCUCUGUAAAAAAGACUGCCUAUUGCGAUGUACAUACUCCACCAGGUUGCACACGGAGACCUCUAAAUAUUUAUGGAGAAGCUGAAAUAAAAAAUGGUGUUUGUAGAAAGGAGGGAUCUGUCAGAACUGCUAGGUCUACAUCAAAAGUCAGAAAAAAGACAAAAAAAGCCAAGAAAACCGUGGUUGAACCCUGUACAGUUAUGCCAACGGUAUCUGCUCCUUAUAUCCCCCCCCAGAGAUUAAAUAAGAUUAUGAAUCAGGUGGCCAUUCAGCGGAAGAAGCAAUUUGUUGAACGAGUGCACAGUUACUGGUUGCUUAAAAGACUGUCUAGGAAUGGUGUUCCUCUGUUGAGAAGGCUGCAGUCCAGUUUACAGUCACAAAGAAACACACAACAGAGAGAAGAUGAUGAAGAAAUGCAAGCCUUAAAAGAAAAAUUGAAGUACUGGCAAAGGCUGCGCCAUGAUCUUGAAAGAGCACGUUUGUUGAUUGAACUUAUACGUAAGCGUGAAAAAUUAAAAAGAGAACAGGUCAAGAUUGAGCAGGUUGCUCUGGAACUUCAGCUUACUCCGUUUACUGUACUUUUGCGAUCAGUUCUGGAUCAGCUGCAGGAAAAGGAUUCUGCUCGGAUAUUUGCUCAGCCAGUGAACCUUAAGGAGGUUCCAGACUAUUUGGACCAUAUUAAACAUCCUAUGGAUUUCUCUACCAUGCGAAAACGGUUAGAGGCUCAAGGCUAUAAAAACCUCAGUGAGUUUGAAGAAGACUUCAAUCUUAUCAUAGAUAACUGUAUGAAAUACAAUGCAAAAGAUACAAUAUUUUAUAGAGCGGCAGUGCGGUUACGAGAUCAAGGAGGUGUAGUUCUCAGGCAAGCUAGGCGAGAUGCUGAAAGCAUUGGUUAUAAUAAUGAAACUGGAAUGCACUUACCUGAACGGCCUAAACUUGAGUCACCCCAGCCUUUCUCUUGGGAAGAUGUGGAUAGGUUACUGAAUCCUGCAAACAGAGCGCAUAUGUCCUUGGAAGAACAGUUGAGAGAGUUGCUAGAAAAACUUGAUCUGACCUGUGCAAUGAAAUCCAGUGGGUCGAGGAGCAAAAGAGCAAAGCUGUUAAAGAAAGAAAUCAGCAUUAUUCGCAACAAACUUAGUCAGCAACACAACCAAGCUCCUCAAAUAGAAUCAGGUAUUGGAAGUUUUGAAGAAGAAGGUGCAGCAUUAGAACAAGAUGGAGAAGAGGAAGGAGAUAAAUCUCCCCCUAAACUUGAACCAUCAGAUGCAUUACCUCUUCCUUCAAACUUGGAGACUAAUUCAGAACCACCAACCCUCAAACCAGUAGAACUCAAUCCAGAGCAGAGUAAGCUUUACAAAAGAGUAAAAUUUGAUAAUGAAUUAUAUAGCACUUCCAUUCAGAAAGAAAUAAAUGGACACACUCCAGAACACUUACUUGACAGUAAUCUCAAUGAGUCGACUGUUUCUGCUGUAGCUGAGUCAUCAACUGAUGUAAACAGACGUACAUCCAUUCUCUUCUGCAAAUCGAAAAGUAUAAGCCCCCAAAAGUCUGCAAAGAACACUGAAACCCAGCCAACUUCUCCACAGCUAGGGACCAAAACCUUUUUGUCUGUAGUCCUUCCAAGGUUGGAGACACUUCUGCACCCAAGGAAAAGAUCAAGGAGUGCAUGUGGAGAUUCUGAGGUUGAUGAUGAGUCCCCUGUAAAGCGCUUGGAUACAGGUCUGUCAAAUGGUUUUGGAGAUGGAAGUAAAGAGAGAGCAUUAGAUGAUACUCCUGGAAGAAAAGUUGAACCUCGUCGCCGCUGUGCAUCAGAAUCUAGUAUUUCAUCUAGUAACAGUCUUUUGUGUAACUCAAGUUUCAGCCUACCAAAGUGUGGUAAAGGUAAACCUGCACUUAUACGAAGGCACACACUGGAAGACCGAAGUGAAUUAAUAUCAUGCAUUGAAAAUGGAAACUAUGCCAAAGCAGCAAGAAUUGCAGCUGAAGUUGGGCAUAGCAGUAUGUGGAUUUCAACUGAUGCUGCAACAUCUGUUCUUGAGCCUCUCAAAGUAGUAUGGGCCAAAUGCAGUGGAUAUCCCUCUUACCCAGCUCUGAUUAUUGACCCUAAGAUGCCUCGUGUUGCUGGCCAUCACAACGGUGUUACUAUACCAGUGCCACCUCUGGAUGUACUGAAAAUCGGAGAACAAAUGCAGACCAAAUCUGAUGAGAAACUAUUCUUAGUGCUAUUUUUUGACAAUAAAAGAAGUUGGCAGUGGCUUCCCAAAUCCAAAAUGGUUCCCCUUGGAAUAGAUGAGACCAUAGACAAGUUAAAAAUGAUGGAAGGACGUAACUCAAGCAUACGAAAGGCAGUAAGAAUUGCUUUUGAUCGUGCUAUGAAUCACCUGAGUAGAGUCCAUGGAGAACCAGUCAGUGACUUCAGUGAUAUUGACUAACAGAUUCUAUGAAGGCGUGAAACAUACCACACAGACUUGAACUCUACUAAUGAACCCCUUUUCUAAAAGAAUGUAUUGAAGAUACAACCCCUUAAUUGUUGGCUCAGUUGGUUGAGUUCUGCAAACUUGAAAUAGUUGAGUAAAUCUCCUAAAUCACCAUUGCCAUAUUGAUUAAUGAUUUUACCGUGUUGUAGUUCGGAGGAUUUUCCACUAAACCUGUUAAAAUGUCUUGUUCAUAGUGUUCAUAAUUGUACAUAAAUGUAUAUUCAACACUUAACUUAUUCUGAUUUUAGAAGUAGCUCUUUUAAUUCCUUUUUUAAUUUUGCUGGGGAGGGAGUUGGAUUUUGUUUCUGUGCUUUUUACUUUUCUUUCUUUCUUUCUGAGGUUAAGUUACCUAAGCGCCAUCUUCCAGCUGAAGGUGUUUAGUGAAUCUUCAAGCCUAAUAUCAAAAUGGCAUCAAAUAUAUGUUUGCCUAAAUCAUAUACAAUAUGGUGCUGCUUUGUAUCAUUUCUUCCUUGGUCUGUAGCUUCUGAAAAAGACUUCUGAAUGUUUGUGUAAAUCGUUGCUCUUUGCACAAAGUACCACAUAUUUAAGAUUGAUGUAAAUUUACAAUUACAAAUAUGUAUUUUAAGAAAGGAAUUUGCAUUAUUUUGGAGGGUACUUUGUGAGAAAGGCAUCAAAAAAAAAUAUACUAUGUACAUCACUUGCAAAUCACCAAAAACACUCCAUUGUUGCCCAAAAUAACUUGAUUGUUUUUGUUUUAAACAAACCUGGCUUAAAGCCUGCAAGCACAUUAUUUCUUUCAAAGCCGUAUCCCAUUUAUCUCCCAUUGGUUUAAUUUUGUUUAUAUUUGUGCCUCCCUGUGUUUUAUUUAUUGUAGAAAAUGUAUUAAUUUGCUUUAUAAUGAAAAAUAAAAUUGACAAAUAUAUUGAUACGCAUUUUUAUACAGGCAUAUGAGAAGACAACUUGGUUUGGGAGAAAAAUGUAUUGGAAAUUGUAUAAAAAAACUCGAUGGUUUGUGUGUAAUUCGGUUUUUUUGGUAACUUGUAAUCUUCUGUUUCCAAUGAGGGGAUUUAUGUAACUUUUAAUUUAGAACACUUUGGUAGCAAUAGAAACUUUGGAUACAUUUUUGUAUGGUACAUGUGAUGUAUAUAGAAUUAGUACUUUAUUUUUAUUUUUAAGAAGUAAAGCAUUAUGUUUGGGCAGGGGGAAGAAGGAGGGUGGGUUUCCAGAACUGCAUUUUUAUAUUAAAAAGAAAAAAAGUCAAGAUAUUGAUUGUUGUAGCUACUUUAUUCCUACCUUCACUGAGAUACUGAAUUUGUAACAAUGAAAAUGGCAAGGUAUGUUUGCAAUGUGAUUUAUAAUGACUCCAUUAUUUAUAAAUGCACUGUGUUUGAACUCUUUUGCAGUGAUAUCUUAAAUACUGUACCAAGUUAUAUAAUAUGAAACACCAAAUAUAAUGCAUAUGAAUGCACGAAGUAUUUAUGCCCAGCUUUUUUAUAAAGGAUUAGCAAAUACAGCAAAACCAAUACUUUUUAAAUCUUUUUUUAAAACUUCAUUGAAUAGCAUACUUCAUUGUUAAACCUGCUUGAAUCUUUAUUUUAAAGGGACAAUUACUUUUUAAAUAGUUUUUAAUGUUUUUAUUCUCUAUUGUUUGUAAUACCCCCUUAGAAGCUUGAAAUAAAAUUUCUUUCUCAACUGUUAA